AUGGGUCAAUCUCAGGGCAAGGCCAAGGAAAAUGAAGAACUUCUACUUACUUCUUCUACAACAAAAACCACUUCAAAGGAGGGGAAUUAUAUAUUGUCAAUAGCAUCUAAACUUUCAAAGGCGUUGCCCACUGGAAUUCUAUUUGUGUUGCAGGCUCUUUCGAAUCUAAUCAACAAUAAUGGAGAAUCAAGAACUGCAGCUUAUCUUCGUAAUAGAUCUCCAUCAUCUGCAUUACACCAGUCUAUUCCAUAUGAAGUGUGGUUUGGAUAUCCUCCUUCUGUUCGACAUCUUCGCAUUUUUGGUUCCACUUGCUAUGCUUUAAUUCCCAAGGACAAAAGAAAUGCCUCAACGGGUAAAGUGCACUGUGGGAUUUCCACCAUUAAUGGCAUAGCCACUUGUAAUAAAGUUAAGCUUGGUAAAAAAUCAGAUUAUAGGCUUAAAGUGAACGAUUUGAUGCAUGCAGCUGUGGCUCUUGUGGUAUUCACUGUAAUGGCUCUCACAAACCAAAAUAUUGUUCAGUGUUUGUACCCCUCUGCUCAAAGCAACAUAAAUAAGGUGUUGCAGGUUGUUCCCAUUGUUGUGAUUGGUGUAAGUAGUGUGAUAGUUGGUCUAGUACCUUCCAAACUAAAUGGAAUCACUAGUCCUGUUACAACUGGUACUAGCACUUAA